GCGGCUAAAAUGAAAUAAAGUGGAAAACAAAAAAAAAAAAAAAAAAAAGGAAAAAGAACACAAAAGCAUAAGAAAAAAAAAAAAAAAAACAGCAAAUUUCUUCAUGAAAAUUGAAAAUAAAAGUUUCCUUGUAUUUUAGUGCUCUGGUUCAGUGUGGGUAUAGGUACAGGUGGAAGAAUGUGUCCAUAUGGCAGGAGGCCCAGGAACUAUGUAGUUGAAAACUAAGGGCUGCCUCACCCCUGAAGAGCCUUGUUCUGCGUAUGUGCACCCGCUGUGCUCAGGACCAAGAAUAACAACCUGUAGAAAAUGAGGCUGUACAAUCUGCCUGCACCGCUUCAUGGCUCUUUGACCUUGAGCAGGUUGUUUUAACUUCCCUGGGCCAAGAUUUCACAUCCAUAAGACAUCUACUUUCACAGGGUGUGAAGAUAAAACCAGGAAGGUGCUUGGGAACGGCUUUAUUAUUCCUGUGCUGGAGACUGAACCCAGGGCCCCCCUGAAUGCUCUGCAGGUGGCUCUACCACUGAGCUAUAUUACUCCAGCAUUAAGUUUCUAAUACCUACUAAACACCAGUGUUAAUUGAAGGAAGAUCGAGUAGUUUUUUUUUUUUUUUUUUUUUAAAAUAGUGCUGGGGAUUGAACCCAAGACCUUGUGCAUGCAAGGCAAGCACUCUCCCAAAUGAACUAUAUCCCCAACCCCUGAAUAGGUUUUUCUGUUGAGUGACACGGGGAUGGAAGAAGUCUCCCUGACCUGAGGUGAACUCAGGUACCAUGGGGCGCAAGUUAGACCCUACGAAGGAGAAGCGCGGUCCUGGCAGAAAGGCCCGAAAACAAAAGGGUGCCGAGACAGAACUGGUCAGGUUCUUGCCUACAGUUGGUGAUGAAAAUUCCAAGAGACUGUCUAGUCGGGCUCGAAAGAGAGCAGCCAAGAGGAGGUUUGGGUCUGUUGACGUCCCGAAGACUUGUAAGUCUUUUGGGGCCAAACCAUUGCCUGGAAAGCUAUCAAAAGGAGUGGUCCAGACCCUUGAUAAGAAGGAUGCUCAGUCCUUAUUUAAUAUUGGUCAAGGCAAGAAGUGCUUAGCACCAAACUAUAGUAGUGAUGAGGAAGAGAAUGAAGAAGACUCUGAAGAAGAUGGUGUUGUGAACCAGGGGGACCUCUGGGACUCUGAGGACAGUGAUGCUGAUAUGGUAGAUGACUAUGGAGCUGACUCCAACUCAGAGGAUGAAGGCGAAAAGUUACUGCCCAUUGAAAGAGCUGCUCAGAAGCAGAAGGCCCAGGAAGCUGCUGCUGGGGGCCAGUGGAGUGAAGAGACUGAUGAAGAGGAAGAGGAGGAGGUGUCCCCUGAAUCAGACCCCCACAAAGAAUGAUGAGGCAGAUGGGGCCUGCUGAUCAAUGUGGAUGACCAGGAGCCAUUUGUGCUGCCCCCUGCUGGGGAGAUGGAGCAGGAUGCCCAUGCUCCGGACCUGCAACAAGUUCACAAGCGGAUUCAGGAUAUAGUGGGAGUGCUGCGGGAUUUUGGGGUUCAGCGGGAAGGUCGGACUCGUUCUGAAUAUCUGAAUCGGCUUCAGAAGGAUCUGGCCACUUAUUACUCCUAUGGAAACUUCCUGCUUGGCAAGCUCAUGGAGCUCUUCCCUCUAUCUGAGCUGAUAGAGUUCUUAGAAGCUAACGAGGUGCCUCGGCCCAUCACCCUCCGGACCAAUACCUUGAAAACCCGGCGCAGAGACCUUGCUCAGGCUCUAAUCAAUCGUGGGGUUAACUUGGAUCCUUUGGGCAAAAUGGUCAAAGACUGACUCGGUGUAUAUGAUUCUUCGGUGCCCAUUGGUAAGUGCUACUCCGAAUACCUGGCUGGACACUACAUGUUGCAAGGAGCCUCCAGCAUGUUGCCUGUCAUGGCCUUGGCGCCUCAGGAACAUGAGCGGAUCCUGGACAUGUGUUGUGCCCCUGGAGGAAAGACCAGCUACAUAGCUGAUGAAAACACUGGUGUGAUCCUUGCCAAUGAUGCCAACGCUGAGCGGCUGAAGAGUGUCGUGGGCAACCUGCACCGGUUGGGAGUCACUAACACCAUUAUUAGCCACUAUGAUGGGCGCCAGUUUCCCAAGGUGGUUGGGGGCUUUGACCGAGUACUGCUGGAUGCUCCCUGUAGUGGCACUGGGGUCAUCUCUAAGGAUCCAACUGUGAAGACUAACAAGGAUGAGAAGGACAUCCUGCGCUGUGCUCACCUUCAGAAAGAGUUGCUCCUGAGUGCUAUUGACUCUGUCAAUGCUACUUCUAAGACAGGAGGCUACCUUGUCUACUGCACCUGUUCUAUUAUGGUGAGGCAUCUGCUGUGGCAGAGGGUGGUAGACUAUGCCUUGAAAAAGAGAAAUGUUGCGGCUUGUGCCACAGGCCUGGACUUUGGCCAGGAAGGUUUUACCCCGUUUUCGAGAAAGGCGUUUCACCACACUCUGCGUUCCACCAGGCGAUUUUACCCUCAUACCCACAAUAUGGAUGGUUUCUUUAUUGCCAAGUUCAAGAAAUUCUCCAAUUCGUUCCCUCAGUCCCAAACAGGAAAUUCUGCAACAGCCACUCCUACAGACUUAGACUUGCCUGACCCAAAGAGUCAGAUCACUCCCAGGUCUGAGAACAGCAGCCAACAAGCCAAGAAGGCAGAGGGCUGCAAAGGCAAAGCGUUGCAAGAACAGCAGCAUCCCAAGAAGACUUCCAUCCAGAAGCUGAAUGGCAUCUCCAAAGGCACACCUCAGGAGUGUCCGUUGUACCUUUCUGUCUCAAAGGCCCAAACUUCCUCCAGGCUCCCAGGUAGCAUCAGCCCACCUGGAAAAGCUGAAGUGGUCAGGAAACCAAAGGUGAUUGGGAGGCGAAGGCAUAAAUUGCAGUCCUCUAAGAAAACUGCCUUCCUGAAGCAGAAUGCCCCUCCCAAAAGCAUGGACACAGAAAUACCUGUUGUGCUGUCCCUUUCUCAGAUUCAGGCUACCCCCAGGCCUAAGGACAGUGAUCAGCCUCCUUGGGAAGGCCAAAGAGACUGAGAAGGUAAAGCAGCCUUUGAAGAAUCUACCUUCCUGAAGGAGAAUGGCACCCCCAAGGGAUCUAAGAUUCCCACCUGUGACUCCCUCAAUUCCAUCCGACCCCCACCAGCAAAGAGGAGGAAAAACUGUGCCUCAGGACAACAGCCAGCCACUGCUGGCUUAGGUAGAUGCUGAAAACUAGACUGGGCUUGGUUUACUGCCAUUGUCACUGGUUUAGAACUGUUUACGUCUGCAAGGAUGCUUGCCCUGUUGUGCAUUCACAUGAAAUUUAAUAUACAUUUUACCA